AUGACAGGAAAAUCAGCUCUAGGGUCGUUACUUGCACGCAAGCGCAAGUCCAACAAGGUUUCACCAGAAAGCAUGUCGGCGACCGACAAAGCCGUAGAAACGAUUUACACAAAAGAAGAGUUGGACUCGGCCUCGCACCACAAGGCUGAUGAGCCAGAAGCACCAUUCGCUGUCGAAGAGGUGCAUCCCUCCCCUGAACAAUGGCUGCGUUGUCUGCAACAACAGGCGGCAGUAGACUACCAGUCACGAAUUGAUGAGUGGGUCGCUGCUCAGCAGGCCAUCAUUGGACCAGCGGGAUCCGAGGAAGGGUAUAUGAGGAUACCACAGUGGCAACCUGAUGGCAGGUUGAAGCGCGCCGACGCCAAAUUCCGCGGCACAUACGGAUGGCAGACAGGAUCGUUUUCGCAACCUGCGUGA